AUAUAUAUAUAUAUAUAUAUAUAUACAUACAUAUAUGUUGUGUGUUGUAAUUUUCUAAAUUGUAAGUACAAUGUUUAAUGUGAUAUAUCAUAUUUUAUCAGUAGUUGGGCUAGGUGUGUGUUUUCUUACAGGUAUUACAACUGUGGGUGCAUUAUGAUAAUGUGAAUUAAAGUAGUUGUUCCUGAAUUUGUUUGCUUUGUUACCGCCUGCAGGAACUGUGUUUCACUAGCAAACUCAUCAAAUUUUGAUUCUUUUUCUACCAGAUCAACAAUUUAUGUUAGUAAUCUUCUGACCAGUAGCAGAUUUGUCGGUAGGUCCACUAGGUCCAGACCUACAGGGCGCAGACCGAAAGAAAGCACAAACUUGGAGAUUUUUGUAAUGUGUAGCAGGCCCGUAGCUAGGCUGGGGCAACCGGGGCAUUGCCCCGGGGCCCCCGGCCAGGGGGGCCCCCAAAUGAAGGUGGAAAAAUUGAAAAUGAAAUUAAAGUUUAUGUUAAAUUUAUUGAUUACUGUAGGGUCGUAGGGAUAUUUCAUCGAAUCAUCAAAAUGUCUUUAUAAAAAAAUAUUUAAAUAGCUUUUCAAUAUAAAAUAAUGGACAGAUAUUGUUCUCACAGAGCUUUCGUAACAAAAAUAGACAGACUAUCAAUCAGCCUGUCAGUUGUUACGCAAUUAAAGAAAUGCAGUUUGCACUUUUAGUUCACCUUACUCCCCUAUCCCCAACAGUAAUAAACUCGUCCUGACGUCGACGUGACGUAGACGGCUCCGUCUGCCGACUGCCUCUGCCACAGCUGACUGACGUUUUGGCGUUCGUCCGUUACUCGUUUGUUACGGUGUUAAAGUGUUAUACAAUUUGUAUUCUUAUUCUUGUAUUUGUUAAAAUGAAAAGAAGCUAUCAAAGUGGGGCAAAGAAAAGGCAAGACAAGAAGAAAAGAGAAGAGGAUGCUUCAAAGUGUUCUUCCACCCUAUCUGCUUGGUUAUGUCCUACUACUAGUACUACUACAACUAAAAGUACUAAUGUCACAUCUACAUCUAGUACUGAAACUAGACCAAUAAUUGCCUCAGUCCCAGGAAAUGAGAUUGAAGAGGAAGUUACAGCUCAAGAUAACGCUGAAGAAAGUAUUGAUGAAGAAGUAACAUGCCUAGGGCUAGGGCAUCAACAAGAAAAUUGUGCCAAACCUCCAACAAGUCCUACGUCAAGCAGUGAACUGAUCGGCGUAAAUGAUCAAGUGGAAUGUAGCCGGACGAAUAAAAUUAAUGAAACUUGUUUAAACACCGGAGAACCCCAUUUUCCAGACCAGAUCAUCGAUCCAGAGGUGAAAAAACGAAUUAUUAAAUUAGGACUAGGACCCUAUCAACCAGUUGGCCCAUUUCCAUAUGAUGGAAAACAAGGUAGGUCCUUUUCAGACAAUUAUUUUACCCUGAAGUCAAAGUCUGGGCUCAAACUGAAAAGAACUUGGUUGUGCUAUUCGUCCAAAUUGGAUUGUGUUUAUUGCCAACCUUGCUGGUUGUUUCCCCAGAAAGGACCUGUAGGAGGAUGGGAUUCAGGAUUAAGGGACUGGAAACAUUUGUCUGAUCGCAUAAAGACACAUGAGAAUUCACAGCACCAUGCUGAUUCCUGCUUGGUUUAUGAGCAAUGGCGACGUCAUGGCUCAAUAGACGAUGCACUAGAAAAAGGUUUGAAGGAGGAGCGGAAUUUUUGGAGGAAAGUUUUGAAGAGGGUCUUAGAUGUCUCCCUUAUGUUGGCAACAUGCAACCUUCCUUUUCGUGGAGACAGUUGGCAUAUCACUGAUAGAAAUAAAGGUAAUUUUCUAUCAUUGAUUGGAUUGCUGUCAAAAUAUGACACUAUCCUAGAAGAUCUAAUUACAAGGCCAAGUGGUACUGUUAAUUAUCUCAGUCCAACAAUUCAGAAUGAAAUUAUUUCUCUGAUGGCUAGUGAAGUGCUUAGUGGAAUUAAAGAAGAGCUUUUGAGUGCGCCUUUUUUCUCCAUAAUUUACGACACAACACAAGAUGUAAGUAAAGUAGAUCAGCUAAGCGAAGUUUUUCGCUAUGUAAAGAUUGACCAUGACCAACUCGGAAAACCUUGUGAGUUGAGAAUUUGUGAAACGUUUACAUCUUUCACAGCAGUUACUGACCAAACCGCUUCGGGGCUAGAAGACGUCAUCAUAAAAUCAAUUUCAGAAAAAGGCCUUGACAUAACAAAAUGCAGAGGACAAGGAUACGAUGGUGUAUCGGUCAUGAGUGGUGUGUAUAAUGGAGUACAAAAGAGAAUCCAAGAACUUGCACCCCAUUCCUAUUUCAUUCACUGUGCCAGCCAUAAUUUGAAUCUGGUUCUUAAAGAUGCCGUUGAAUGCAAUCGAGAAAUAGCACAAUUUUUUGAGACGGUGCAAAAUAUUUACAGUUUUUUUGGCCACAGCAUUGUUCGGUGGCAAGAACUAAAAGUCGUUUCUGGUUGUACAGAGAAUCCGAAGGCUCCUGUUCCUAAAGACAAGGUAACAUUAAAGACUUUAAACCCUACACGUUGGGCAGGGAGAUAUGAAGCUGUGUACGCUUUAAAGGAAAGGUUCGGUGAUGUAAUGAAAGCCUUAAAUAAAAUAAUUUUGACAAGCAAAAAGCCAAAGGAAGGGAAUGAAGCUGAGGGGCUCAAAAAAAGGUUAGAAUCUUUUAGUUUUGUUUUGCUCUUGACUGUCCAGUGCAAAAUAUUAGGGGAAAUAAACAUUGCCUCAAAAUCCUUGCAAACGGAAUCUAUUGAUUUAAUGACAGCGUACGAUCUCCUAGGCAAUGCUUUAUUGAAAGUAACCGAACUUCGUUGGUCCUUUGAAGAUGUCUGUAGUGAAGCAGAAGAAGUAUGUUCAAAAUGGGGGAUUACGAUUACCCAUGAAUUUAUUGGCCAACGUGCAAGAAAGGUAAAAAAGCACUUUGAUGAACUUUGUGAAGACCAAAGACUGACAGAUCCUAAAAGCAAUUUCAGAGUGACAAUAUUCUUCCCAAUGGUUGAUACUAUAGUGUCACAAAUUGACAACCGUUUUAAAGGCAUGAAGCAAGUGAUUGAUGCCUAUAAAAUUGUUCACCCUUCUUUCCUGGCCUCAUGUUCAGAUGAAGAACUGCGUUGUGAAGCUGAUAAUUUUGUAAGCAGAUUUUCAGAUGAUGUAACGCCAUUGUUCAAAGCUCAGAUUUGAUCAGUAAGGAAUGCUUUUCAAUCCAAAUUAAAGGAUUUCAAAGAAGUAAAAGAAGUUGCAAAUCUCCUACUCAUUGAAAACAGUUCCCUAGCAUCAACCUACCCGGAUGUACUAACAGCAUGCUUUAUGUACCUCACAGUCCCUGUGACAGUAGCCAAAGCAGAGAGAUCAUUCUCAAAAUUAAAACUCAUCAAAAACUACCUGCGAAGCUCCAUGUCCCAACAACGUCUCACUGAUUUGGCUCUUUUGUCUAUUGAAAAUGACAGAGCCCGAAAAAUAGAUUUUGACCGAAUUAUUGAUGUUUUUGCUAGUGUCAAGUCAAGAAGAAAGUCUUUUUAGUAAGUUCAGUUGCAUUCUCACUAUCAAACUAGU